CUCGUGUUCGUGUCCGCGAGAGCAGAGUUUGUAUCUGAUUCGUCUGAACCAAAACCUUCCGAGAAGUGUUUCUAGUGGGAAGAUAUCUCUGUCUUACACAAUGUCCGGCGAGGAGGACGCCACCGUGAGGGAGCCACUAGAUCUGAUUCGGCUGAGUCUUGACGAGAGAAUCUAUGUCAAGCUCCGUUCAGACCGCGAGCUUCGCGGCAAGCUUCACGCGUUUGAUCAGCAUUUGAAUAUGAUUCUUGGUGAUGUUGAAGAAACUAUCACAACAAUUGAAAUCGAUGACGAAACAUACGAAGAGAUUGUUCGGACAACAAAGCGGAAGAUUGAGUUUCUGUUUGUGAGAGGAGAUGGAGUAAUAUUGGUGGCUCCACCACUGAGGACAGCCUGAGUUAAAACUCAUAUCUGAAUCCUAGGUUUAAGGAAAAAAAACCAAUCUCUUUGGAGGUCCUUUGUGACUAUUGUAUUGGUGUGUUUAGUUACUUCUUGUCUUAACUCAAAAACCUUUGAAGAGGCCAAGUUGCUUAAAUUUUCAUCGUUACUCGGA